AUGGCAAAAAAACGUGGAGAUCGAUCUCCCAACCUCAAGCUUCGGCAGCCGGACCGAUCCGGGCCGUCAACCAAGACGCUUCUCGAGCUUGCCGAAGAAAGGGAUCUCUUUGUUUUGGCAAAGAACAAGGAGGACGCGAACAAAAAGGCCAAACGAGCCGAGACACACGGGGAAAGCAUUCAGCGUGGGGGUGAGGAUGGCGAUGAUGGUGAUGAUGAUGGGGCGGAAUUGUCGCCGACCACGGAACGCAUCCUCGACACUAUCCUCUGGACCAUCAGCCUAGCCAUGCUACAUUUCACUCUGGAUGUCCUCGUGCAGCACCAGUUCUCUGCCGACCGGGUUGUCUGGGCCAAGGUCUGGACGCGCGCCGGGCAGGCACUUCUGGUCUUCGCCAUGCUCUUCUACCCCCUCCAUCCGCACCCCUCGAACCCGUCAAUUCUCCCCGGACUGCCUAAGCGCGUACAGCCCAUCAUACGGCAGUCCAUAUUCUUCGUGGCCAGCAUCUGCGCCGGGUGCUAUCUAAUUCACAUCACAAACACUUACGGAUAUAUGGCCGUGAUGAAGCGCGCCCCGCCCGUUGGCUGCCUGUGGGUGUGGUCUGUCAUUGAGCUCGAUUUGCCCUGGGCCGUCCUUAGUCUCGCUAGUGCAGGUUCGUUUCUCUUACUUAAAGGGUACAGCAUUAGGUAA